AUGAAUCCUAAACACGAUAAAGAGAAUACUGCUGCAAGCAAUAACCGUAACAACGAUCAUAUCCUUUCAAACCCAUCAUCACCUCUAGAAAUCACCCCAACAAAAGAAUCUGACCUUCUCACUAAUUUGCAUCCUUUGCAGAAUGAACAUACAUUAUCGUAUAUCGUGCCCUCGAAUCAGUCUUCUGGAACAGAAAGUUCACACUACAUGCACAUUAUUGAAAAGGAGCUAAAAGCUCUUCGACAAGGCCAAGAAUAUUUGCUAACUACUUUCGAGUGUGCUAUGGAAGCUGUUGGUGCUUUAACACCAUCUACUUCUUUUAGCAUGCAACCGAUUAAAUCUAAGGAGUCGAUGGUAGAAUUUGAUACCCGACUUGCCGAACCAGAUUACAUGGCACAAGUGAUAGCGUAUUUAAAACGAACGACAGGGGAAUAUCGUCCUAUCAAUUUGAUGCACCGAUCCAUAGAUUUGCUGUUCGAUUUGGAGUUUUUCGCAUCCUGCAGUUGGAGUGGAAUAGGCAUUCCUAACCCAAAAAUCCCUUUCAAAGUUCAUACCAAUAUCCUUAAACUUUUUGGCCUACUAGGAACAACGGACGGAGUGGAGUUCCCGGAAUGGAGUAUUCGCGAGUACUUUAAAGAUAAAUUCUAUCAUGCGAAGCAAAGGUUACAGAACUACAAACGUAUUCGAACAUCAAGCCCACGUCCAUUUACUCGUUCCAAUAGGCUUAGUGCAAGAAAAAAUGCUUUAGAAAAUCAAGCAAAUCCGCAAUCCUCCUUUUCUGGGGUAUCUGGAGCACCUGAAAGCACCUAA